AUGAGCAGCGGCGUUGCUGCUUCGCUUCGUCGAGUUUUUCUUGCAAAUCAACAUCAUCGAUUGCUGAUUGUAUCAACAUGUUUAAUUCCUCAAAAUCAUCGAACAUUUUCUAUGCAAUAUAAAGAUACAGAAAAGCCGGCUCAUCCAUUUGAUUAUGUUAACAAGAAUUAUAAUUUUUUUCGUCAUUAUUAUUUAGGUGGUCAUUAUACAUUAGCAAAUAUUCAUGAUAAUACAUUAUUUUUUCAUGUUGAAUCAAAUUUUGGUGUUCGUCGUUCGGAUUUUGUUAAACGUUUAGCUAAUCAUAUUGGAUUUUUACCUAUAUCAAAACCGGAUGUUGAUCGAAUGCAUUUUGUUGAUGAAACAGGAACAAUUAAUACACGACAAUUUCAUAAUGAUUAUUGUUUACCAAGAGAUUAUAUGCCAUCACCUGAAGAAUGGCAUUUAAAUCCAAAUCAUCAUGCAUCUGUACGUUUAUUAAGACCUCUUUUACAAACAAUGACUUAUCAAUUAAGAAUGGGUUUAUCACAUAUGUUUUCAACAGGACAAGGAAUUGUUAUGGAUCGUUCCUAUUGGAGUUAUUAUCCUAUUCUCAAUAUUCUUCGUGAUUUUGGUCUUAUUAGUCAAGAUGGUUAUGACUUUUUAUUGGAAUAUAAAGUUUCAAUUGAUUAUAAUUUUAAAAUGCCUCGUCUUAUUAUCUUCAUUGAUAAAGAUCCUCAAGCUAUUUGGGAAGAUUUACAAAAAAAUGGAAAAGACUAUCAAAAACAAAGUAAAGUAUAUUCGUUAGAAUUGCUUCAAACAAUGGAUCGAAUGUACAAGGAAGAAUGGUUACCAAGAAUGAGUACAUAUUGUCAUAUUCUUCAAUACAAUGAAAAUGAAAUAAAAACAUUGGAUGAUAUUGUUUUUGAUAUUGAACAACUUAAUUUUGAUGAUACAAAUAAAUUUCCAGAUUGGCGUAUAACAGUUGAUGUUGAAUUAGAACGAUUUCGUGCAUUACUUCAAGAUGAACAUUUUUGGACACGAAUGUUUAAUUCUAAUCGUCUUCUUCAUCUUUCCGAAUGGUGGACAGAACCAAAUGCACAGAAAAGUCAACAAGGUCUUAUGAAAUAUGAUCCUCGAUAUUAUUGGACAACAAAUAAUUGGGAUAUAAAACCAUUCUUUCUUCGUUAUCAAAGUUGGACACGUUUACCAUUCUAUUAA